CGAGAGGCUAAGACGUGAAUAAAACGAGUCGUAUUCCUAUUGACCAAGCAAGUUAAUUCGAUGUGUGCAUUUACUUUUUAAAAAAAGAAAGCAAAUGUACGAAUAAAGAGAGUGAAGAAAGUGUCCAAUCGCGAAGUUCGGAGAACAAAGAGCAAAAGUGCGUCGCACCACGUCACGCCUGGAAUCCCGGUGCCUCUCCAUUUUCCUCCCUCCUAAUCUGCAUGGUCAUGAUUCUGUGCCAGCAAGUCUCUAGAGCGCCAGUUGUGCUUCUGCUGUUUCUCUUCAGGCUUACAUUUGAGCCCACAAGCAGCAUCCCUGUGACUGAACACAAAGUGGGCAAUCAAUAUAAACCCUCCUCUCCUGAACUUACACAAGCAGAGUUUCAGUUUACCCGAACUGGAGAUGUUCUGCCAGGCACACAGAAUGAAGAGGAAGAUGAACUUUUCAAAGAUGUGGACCCAAAAACCUUAGCAGCAGUGCUCCUAGAAGCCCUCAAUAAGCCUCAGGAGGUAAUGAGUGAGCAAAAGAAGAAUGUAGGAGAGAAGGACAAAGCAGAAGAGAACAGGGAGAUGCAGAGUUUUGACACAGAAAGAAAUGGUGAUCAGGAGCUGGAACUGUUGCGAGCAGCUACUGAGGCACAGGGCAGGGAAGAGAGAGAAAGGGAAGAGGAUAAGGAAAGGAAGCGGGAGGAAGAGGAAGAAGAACGCCUCACAGAAAAGGUGACAAGUCACACCACCAGUCAAACAAUGCCUGUAAAAGAAAAAGAAGUAGUUACGAAGGAUAAGGCAAGCAAGGAAGAGCAACAAGAAACAGAGGACACUGCUGAUGUGGAUAAGGAUGAGCAGCUGAGUCCUGAAGAGUUGAAGAACCUUGAAAGCAUGUUAGAGGAGUUUCAGAGCUACAGUACAGCCAUGAAACGAGAACGCGAUUCAUCAUUUGGCCUGAGAGAGAGUCGUGGUGAUUACUUUGACUAUCUGGAUCGUAAUGGCCUCAUGAACAAUGAAAUCAAGCCCAAACCUAAGGGCUAUGACUUAGCUCUGUCUAAGAAGAAACUUAAAUGGCAGCAAGAGCAGGAAAAGAACAAGAAUCGGCCAUUGUAUAAGGGAGGAAACUUCAUGAACGAUUUUAAUGAUAAUAUUGAAGAUCAAGAAGAGGAAAAUGGAGAGGAUGAAGAGGAACUGCUGAGUCCAGAGGAGGAAGAAGCUAGGGCUAAAGCUGAGCAAGAAGAGGUGCGCAGACAAGCAGCUGAAGCCCAAAGAGCCAAGGCAGAGGAAGAGAAGCUUGCAGAUAUUGCAUCAGACAUGAUCUUGCAAUACAUGGUCAAGCAAGAUGGGAAUAAGUAUCGGGACAGUAAUGCUGCAGAAGACAAACGCUCAGAGGAAGAUGGUGCCAAUGAUGACGAUGAUGACAUUGACCCACAAACUAUUGACAAGUUGAUAGAGAUCUCAAGUAAGCUGCACUUGCCUGCUGAUGAUGUGGUAGAUAUAAUCAGUGAUGUAGAAAAAAAGAAAAAAAAGGAUGCCCCUGAAACUCUGCAAUGGCAACGACCUCUUGUACCACCUCCAGCCCCUGAUGUGCCAUCUACAGUCCUGAAAACAUUGCCACCCUCAAAACCACCCAAACCUAACACAAAUGUGCUAAAAUCAUGGUUCAAAGACAGGGCUUCCAUUAGGGCCAAUCAGCCAGAUUUUUGGAUGAAGAAACAGUGGCCUCUUUGGACAUACCCCUCCUAUCAGCGCUAUCAAAAGCCCUACAGUAGUUAUUACACCAUCUACAUCCCACCUCCCAAGCCUAAACCCCGCUACUAUGCCAAACCUUCCUACGCUCUUAAUGGCAUACUAGGAAAUUCAUUGGACUAUGAGCUUGAUUACCCUCUCAAGCAAAGGUAUCGUCCAUGGGCACAGAGUCGUUCAAGGGCUCCUCUGGCUUUCCGGCGCAACCUCUAUUUCCCUAACUACAUUGUCCCUCAUCCUCGGACUUUUAAAGCCAUACCUAUGCCCAAACCACGCUCACCCCUGCUUCAUCGCCCUGCUUUCUACUACUCACCCACAGCAUCUGUAGUUGCCCCACAGGAUGGCUAUUACAGCCAAGUGGAACAACCACUGCCAGACAGCAAUGAGGAGCUGGGAAACUUUAUUGAAAAGGUUUUCCUGAAACGUCCCCGCUUGUUUCAGUGACAGUGUACAUAAAGAGAGAAAGAAAGAGGAAAUUUAGGUGAGCAAGGACGGUACAACUGUGAGACUGUUUUGCCACACAACAAUAUUUUGAUUUAAUUUUCAGAAAUAGGUAUAUCCAGUCCAAUUUACCCGUCCUUCCCUCUUCAGUUAAACUAAAAAAAAGCCAGUAGACUGGUGACUGUUGCCAUUUCAAGUGGUGUUUCUUCCUUCUUCAUGUAUUCCCCUCCUUCCCUCCUUCCCUACAUAUAUUGAUAGACAGUGGAAAUGAGGUGAACAAAGGGUGCUUUUGUCAAUCAUGGGGUACACACAUGACUCAAAUACUCAACUAAAAUCCUAAAAAAAAAACAAAAAAAAAAAACGUGACACUUCCAAAAGGCCUUUAAAAAAAGGAAGACAAAAAUAUACUGGAACAUCUUUUGUAAGCCUUAUAUUUUAUUAUUUUUAAAUCAUUUAUAAUAUUCAAAAAUUGUUUAAACCAUGUAGUCAUUUUCUCUAAUUAUGACAAAAACAAGAAAAAUCUAUUCAAAUUCAAAACCUUUAAAGAAUGCAUGCAUAAACACAUGUUUAUUCCAGUCAGUUAUGAUAAAAUAUUAAGUGCCAUAACCUUAACAAGUUUGGUUUAUUCCACCAAAUGAAUGUUUUAAAUAUACCUAGUAGUAUUCUGACACACUUGGUUCUGUACAUAAAAUUAACUGCCUGUAGGCUGACAUUUUUGUUUUGUUUUGUUUUUUCUUUUUGUAUUUAAUAUCGUUUUUCUACACAGAAAAUUGAUAGUUGGUGCAAAGAAUGCUCAUACAUUCCAAAUAUUUCUAGGAAAAGCUUUUUCAUAUAAGCUGUUUUGAUGACAGUCAUUUAUUGCCUUAUUUCCCUUUUCAUGACUAUAGCAGCAUUUGUUCAUUGAGGGGUUAACAGGUUUAAUCCCACUUAACUGGUUGGCUGUUGGAGAAAAAUUCAUGUUCAAUUGGACUACAUAAUACAUGGACUUAAUGGUAAAAAUAGAUUAAGAAUGAUGAGGUGUCCAUGUGACAUAUAAAUGACCUAAUUAACUACUUUAAAAAUUGUUUCUAAGUUUAAAACAAGAAUUUACAAUAUUGUGUAAUAAAAAAAAGAAUUAGAAUGUCCCAUAAAAUUUUCAAUCAGUAGUUACUUUUACCAAAAAUAUGGGUAUAAGGUACCAGAAUGUAAAUUCAGGUUAAUAGUGCAGAACUGGAUAAGGUGCAUGAAAUAAUAGAUGCAUUUUUAAACUAUGCGUUAGAGAUAACAAAAGACACUGUGAACAACAACAACAA